UAGGAAUAGGAAAUUCCCACUCCAUCGAGGACGUUUUUCCUUCGACCCAUCGGUUUAGCGAUUCCGUCGGAAUCUUCCAGUUUCUUCGCACCCGGCAAUCUCCAUCUACAGGAGAAUAUGGCAACUAGGGGUCAAGGUGGUAUCCAACAAUUGCUUGCAGCAGAGCAAGAAGCUCAACACAUUGUCAAUGCUGCCAGAAAUGCAAAAUUGGCUAGACUGAAACAAGCCAAAGAAGAGGCUGAAAAGGAAAUUGCUGCUUACCGUGCCCAAGUGGAGGCUGAGUUCCAAAGAAAACUCUCUGAGAGUAGCGGGGAUUCAGGAGCUAAUGUUAAGCGGCUUGAAGUCGAGACAGAUGCAAAGAUUGCGCACCUGAAAGAAGAGUCUGCUAGAAUUUCGUACGAUGUCGUGGACAUGCUCUUGAAGCAUGUGACAACCGUGAAAAAUUCCAUCUGGGUUUUUGUUUUUCCGAUUUGGGUUCAUCAGAUUUGUCUUUUCUGCCAACAAAUAUCAAUUUCCAUGGGUAACAUUGGGAGUAGCGGUUCCCAUGGCCGGAGACGACACGAUUCCCGUCGGGGACAUCCGACUCCACCUCCACCUCCGCCGCCACAGCCCGAAAUCACAAGUAAUCGGUUCGUUUUCGCCGCUGCAACGCCCUACCCAUCGCAAUACCCUAAUCAUCCGAAUCAAGCGCCGCCGUACUAUCAGUACCCUGGUUACUUUCCGCCGCCACCUGGUCCACCACCGUCGAUGCCGAUGCCCUUGCCGGCGUCUUACGACCAUCAACACCGCGCUGCCCAUCCCCAUAUGGAUCCUGCGCAUUGGGUCGGUGGGAGAUAUCCUUACGGUCCUCCUAUGCCGCCCCAAACGCCCUAUGUUGAGCAUCAGAAGGCGGUUACCAUUCGAAAUGAUGUUAAUCUCAAGAAAGAAACUCUUAGGGUUGAGCCCGAUGAAGAAAACCCCGGCCAAUUCCUUGUAUCUUUCUUGUUCGAUGCCACCGUCGCCGGGAGUAUCACCAUCUUCUUCUUCGCGAAAGAAGGCGAAGAUUGUAACUUGACGCCCGUAAAAGAAGACACUUUUCAACCAGUGACUGUCCAUUUCGAACAAGGCCUCGGACAGAAGUACAGACAACCUUGUGGAACAGGAAUAGAUUUCUCAAAGUUCGAAGAGUCGGAGUUAGUGAAAGUAAAUGACACAGAUGUCUAUCCAUUAGCUGUUAAAGCCGAGGCUUCUACCGAAGGUCAAACCGGCCCCGAUGGUACCGUGGUACCUGAGACCAUGAAUUCUCAGAUAACACAGGCAGUGUUUGAGAAAGAUAAAGGUGAAUAUCAGGUAAAAGUGUUGAAGCAAAUCCUGUGGGUCAAUGGUAUGAGAUAUGAGCUGCAGGAGAUCUAUGGAAUUGGAAAUUCAGUCGAGGACGAUGUCGAUGGAAGCGACCCUGGAAAGGAAUGUGUCAUUUGCUUGUCCGAACCACGGGAUACGACUGUCCUUCCCUGCCGACACAUGUGUAUGUGUAGUGGUUGUGCUAAGGUUUUGAGGUUCCAGACGAAUCGAUGCCCGAUUUGCAGACAACCCGUCGAUAGGCUCUUAGAGAUAAGGGUCAACAAUGGGGCAGAAGAAUAAGGAAUGGUAUACUAUCAUUAUGAUCAUAAGAGAACUCUGUACAGCACUGUGUUUAUUGAAUUUCUUCUUGUAUUAUCUGAAUUUAUUCUCUUUUCUCCCCCCUGAAUUUCCUACCUGCUGUUAUAAAUAAUCAAGAAGGGAAGCUUUUUAUGCCAAGGAAGAAGAAGAAGAAGAAGAAGAAGGAAGAAAAGGAAAGAAAUUGGUAUCAGUUGUGCUUGUGUUCUCAUGCCCAAAAGUGUCAUUACAAUUUUUAUCUAUUAUAUACUUCAGCUGAGCCUUGCUUUGUUGCCUCCGAAUUCUCGCCAUUUGUCCGAUCAAAAUUUGAUUCGGAGGCAACUGAUGUUCGUUUUUUCUUCUCGUUCUAACUAGCUAAGUAGUUGAGAUCGUUUCUCAAUCUAACUAGCUGAGUAUUUGAGAUU